ACCUUCAGAGAGUGGUGACCUGCUAAUGAAGGAGUACAUGGGAAACACGGAGGAUGCCCAGACCCUCCAACUACAGUACAGAGAGAUGAUGGCAGACUUCAUGUUCGUGAUCCCCGCACUCCAAGUGGCACAUUUUCAGCGUUCCCAUGCUCCUGUAUACUUCUAUGAGUUCCAGCAUACGCCUACUAGCCUGAAGAAUGUCAGACCGUCUCAUGUGAAGGCUGAUCAUGCCGAUGAGAUUCUUUUUGUCUUUGGGUCCUACAUUGGGGGCAUCAAACUUGACCUCACUGAG